AUGGGGAAAAAUGAUAAGGAUUUAAAUAAAAUAUAAAAUGGAAUAAAAAGAUUGACAAGAGCCUUAACUUUAUGCAGUAAAAACAAAAAAUAAUAAUACGAAAAAGAUAUUAGUGUAUAUAUAUACAGAGCUAAAAAACUUUUAUGGUAUAAAUAAUUAGAAGAAAUAAAACAAAAGAAAUAAGAAAUAAUUGAUUCUAAUAAAUAAUAAUUGGCUGAAAAAAACUUCAGUUAAUAAUAUAUAGAUAAUGAAAUAAAAAAGUUAAUUUCUUUGAUCGGAGAUCCUUAUAAAAAUCCCGAUCUGUAAAUUCCUGAUUAUUUAUGUUGUAAAGUAAGCCUUGAUUUAAUGGAAGAACCGGUAACUACUGAGGUAGGUCAUACAUAUGAAAAAUCUGUUUUAGAUGAACAUUUUAAAAAAAAUGGAUUUGUUGAUCCUAUUACUAGAUAAAAAAUUAAUAAAAAUCUAUAUCCUAAUCUUUCAAUUAAAUAAGGAAUAUAAGAAUUUUUAAAUUAAAAUCCUUGGGCAUUUGAAUUUUAUUAAGAUUAAGAUUAUAAAAAUAUAGAAUUUUGA